UCUUUGCUUCUCUAACCAGUUUGUGUUGAAAUUUCUCCUCAUUCUUCUUCUUCUUUAAGAGUAUAAAAGAUGGAUGAGCAGAACAGAAACCCUAGCAGAGCUGACAGAAAGACAAUUGAGAGGAACAGAAGAAAUCAAAUGAAAGCCCUCUACUCAACUCUCAACUCUCUUGUCCCUCAUCAGCAAUCCACUGAGAUGAUGUCUUUGCCGGAUCAGCUGGAUGAAGCGGUGAAUUACAUAAAGAAGUUGCAGAUAAACUUGGAGAGGAUGAAGGAGAAGAAGGAAAGCUUGAUGAGAUCAGGAGGAGGGGGAAGCAGCCAUGAUCAAAGCUCGAGCGUAGCUUCAAGGUCUAGCAAUGGCGGCGGGAUGGCGGUUGGGGGAUUGAAACUGCCACAUGUCGAUAUCCACCACGUUGAUUCAGCUCUAGAGGUGGUUCUGAUUACCGGCGUGGACUGUUCCCAGUCCAUGUUUAAUGAUGUCCUUCGAAUGCUCCACGAGGAAGGCGCCGACGUCAUCAGUGCCAGCUUCUCAUCUCUGGACAACAUGGUUUUUCACACCAUACAUUCUCAGAUUGAAAAGACUGGAUCUGCAUAUAAAGCUCAAAGGAUCUCAGAGAGACUUCAUAGCUUUGUGAAUGGUGCAAGCUAGCUAUCUCUAUCUAUCUAUAUACUUAAUCAAGUGAGGUCCAUACCCCAAGUGAGAAUGUGCGGAUAAAUCCAAACCAUUGAUCUAGUAGAUCUAAAGGUUGAAAAUAAACAAAAAUUUGUAAUAUUUAUAAAAAUGACCAUUUUUCAUCCAUCAAAUCUUCCAGAUCAAUGGUUUAGAUUUAUCCACGAGUUCUCACCUCGAGAGUUUGUUCCCACAUGAUUAGGAUUUUAUAUAUAUUUAGCUAAGUAAUAAAUAUAAUAAGUAGUUUUUUUUUUUUUUGAAAACAAUAUAAUAAGUAGUUUUGGGUAAUUCAUUUUGUGCUUACAUACAUUACAUUGUUGAAACAUCAUUGUACUUUAAUUUGGUUUAUAGUAUACAAUAUAAUAUGG